UUCAUUCCCUACAACAUUCCUCAGGGAAUGGUCACCCCUCCGCUGCCACAGUCCUUCCCUCCCGCUCCCCUCCUGUGCAUGCCCACUCCCUCUUUCAACUUACAGUGCCUGAAGACUGUUCAGAAGAGCUGGAGACCCAAACAAACUGGCCUUGAGACAUGCAACUCUUCGCCCUCCUUCUGGCGACCCUGUUCUGUGGGGUGGGAGGCUCCCCCUACAUGCCUCAGAAGCUCUAUGGAGAGAUAUCCUCCCCUCUAUACCCCAGGCCUUACCCCAACGACAUUGAGACAACCACUGUGAUCACGGUCCCCCCGGGGUACAGGGUGAAGCUCGUCUUCCGGCAGUUUGACGUGGAGCCUUCUGAAGGCUGUUUCUAUGACUUUGUCAAGAUUUCUGCUGAUAAGAAAACUCUAGGGAGGUUCUGUGGGCAGCUGGAGUCUCCCCUGGGCAACCCCCCAGGACAGAAGGAAUUCAUGUCCCAGGGGAACAAGAUGCUACUGACCUUUCACACAGACUUCUCCAAUGAGGAGAAUGGGACCCUCAUGUUCUACAGGGGCUUCCAGGCCUACUACCAGGCUGUGGACCGUGAUGAAUGUGCACCCCAGGUCAACUCAGUGGAAGGGGGCUACCAGCCCCAAUGCCAACACCUGUGCCACAACUAUAUCGGAGGCUACUUCUGUUCCUGCCGUCCAGGCUACGAGCUUCAGAAAGACGGACGGUCCUGUCAGGCUGAGUGUAGCAGUGGACUGUACACAGAGCCCUCGGGCUAUGUCUCCAGCCUCGAGUACCCUCAGCCUUACCCACCGGAUCUGCGCUGCAACUACAGCAUCCGGGUAGAGCGGGGCCUCACUGUGCAUCUCAAGUUCCUGGAUCCUUUUGAAAUUGAUGACCACCAGCAAGUACACUGCCCCUAUGACCAGCUCCAGAUCUACGCUAAUGGGAAGAACUUGGGCGAAUUCUGUGGAAACCGAAGGCCUCCAGACCUCGACACCAGCAGCAAUGCGGUGGAUCUGGUGUUCUUCACAGAUGAGUCAGGGGACAGUCGAGGCUGGAAGCUUCACUACACCACUGAAGUCAUCAAGUGCCCCCAACCCAAGGCCCUAGAUGAGUUCACCAUCAUCCAGGAACCGCAGCCUCAGUACCAGUUCCGGGAUUACUUCAUUGUUACCUGCAAACAAGGCUACCAGCUCAUGGAGGGAAACCAGGCGCUGCUCUCCUUCACAGCUGUUUGCCAGGAUGAUGGCACAUGGCACCGUGCCAUGCCCAGGUGCAAGAUCAAGGACUGUGGGCAGCCCCGAAGCCUGACUAAUGGGUACUUCCGCUACAUCACCACAAGAGGCGUGAACACCUAUGAAGCCCGUAUCCAGUACUCCUGCCAUGAACCAUAUUACAAGAUGAAGACCAGAGCUGGCAGCAGUGAGUCUGUGCGAGGGAUGUAUACCUGCACAGCCCAGGGCAUUUGGAAGAAUGAAGAGGAAGGGGAGAAAAUGCCGCGGUGUCUGCCAGUGUGUGGGAAGCCUGUCAACCCCGUGACACAGAAGCAACGCAUCAUCGGAGGGCAGAAAGCCAAACCCGGCAACUUCCCCUGGCAGGCGUUCACCAACAUCCAUGGGCGAGGGGGCGGGGCCCUGCUCGGAGACCGCUGGGUCCUGACCGCAGCCCACACCAUCCACCCCAAGGAACACAACAGACAGAACGACACCAGUAAAGAUGUUUUCCUGGGCCACAUAAACGUGGAAGAGAUCACAAAACUGGGACAUCACCCAGUCCGUAGGGCCAUCAUCCAUCCCGACUACCGCCAAGAUGAACCCAACAAUUUUGAAGGAGACAUCGCCCUGCUGGAGCUGGAAAACCCUGUCCCCCUGGGUCCCAACCUCCUCCCCAUCUGUCUCCCUGACAAUGAGACCUUCUAUGAUGAAGGCCUCAUGGGUUAUGUCAGUGGCUUUGGGAUAACAGAAGAUAAAAUUGCUUUUAACCUCAGGUUUGUCCGUCUGCCUGUAGCUGAACGAGAGACAUGCCAGAGAUGGCUCCAGACAAAGAAGAGUAAUGAUGUGUUUUCUCAAAAUAUGUUCUGUUCAGGGGACCCAAGUCAAAGGCAUGAUGCCUGCCAGGGGGACAGCGGAGGUGUUUUUGCAGUUAGGGACCGAGAUCAUGAUACCUGGAUUGCCACAGGCAUCGUGUCCUGGGGCAUUGGGUGUGGUGAGGGAUACGGCUUUUACACCAAGGUACUCAAUUAUGUUGACUGGAUCAAGAAAGAGAUGGGAGAGGAAGACUGAACCCAGAGUUCACUAGGUCAGAAUCCAGUGUGUAGUGUAUCAGAAAAUUAUCUGACUGAUUGUUGAUAACCACCGUGAUCCCAUAUUAAAAUCACAGACUGUGUAGAAUAAACUGUCUUUUCUAUAGCCCCAU